GCGACCGUCAGGAGUGGCUCGGCGUCCUGAGCCCCUCGAACAGGUUCCCUGCUCUCCUCCACCUGCAUUUUUUUUAACCAUUCACUUUUGACUGAGGUCUUCGCAGAACUCCUCUGCUACCUGCAUAAUCUGCUCCUCACUCCUCCUUUUCUUCUCCCUUUUCCUCCAAGUGUCCAGCAGCGGCAAGAAGAACCCCGAGGGGAGCGUUUGUUUGCCUUCUUUUUUCAUGCCACACGCUAACGCCAACUCUUCACCCUGCCCGAUCUGAGAAACGUCCCCGGGAAGAGUUUCAGAGCCCGUGGGGCAGACCGAAAACUCUACACGUGCCAAUAUGGAUUCCUGGAAGGGCAGCGCUUCAGCCCUGUGCCGGUACGCCCGGCUGGGUGGCACGUUUCACGCCAGCCUGCUGCUCGCUCUCUUCGUCGGGGUGUGGUAUUCACAGGCACUGGAGGUAUCUGUGGGUAAGGUACAUUAUGUCGAGGCUGUGAAUGGCAGCACUGUCCUUCUGCCCUGCACCUACAGCAGCUGCAUUGGCAUCAAGAACCUCUACUUCAACUGGCAAUACAACGACAACGGCACCAUGGAGAAGCUGUGUGAGGCAGUCAUCCCCAUCGAAGGCGUGGACCCACACGUGCGGGUCUAUCACGAGCGGGUAGAGUACGUGGGAACCAGCAAACAAAACAACAUCUCCAUCCUACUGUGGAACAUCACCUACAGCGAUGAAGGGGAGUACACAUGUUUCGCUCGCAACCCUAAGGAAAAGAAUCGCAACCACAGUGCCAUCUUCACACUUAUUGUGGUGGACGAGCUGAAGGUGAUUGACAACACAUUGACAGUCAUCAUUUUGUCCGUAGUAGGAGGUAUUAUUGGCUUGAUCAUUCUCGUAAUGGUGAUGAGGGCCCUCAUUCAACUCAUCAUGCGCAAGGUCCAAGAGAAGAAUAAAGAGUGCCUUGUGAGUUCUUCAGGGAUUGACAACACGGAGAACGGCCUUUCUGGAGCCAAAGCUGAGACCAAGGCGACACCAAAGGCUUGAAAACAUGUCUGUUUGUAUCUAUAUAUCUAUCUAUCUAUAUAUAUAUAUUUAUACAUGUAUAUAUGUAUACAGGCAAAAAAAAUAUAUAUAUAUAUGUGUUAAAUAGGUACAUAGAAAGAAUAUUACAAAAAAGGACUGUUUUUCUUUAACUACCGAAAACUUAUUAUAUAUAAGUAUAUGACAAAUAUAUACAUAUAUAUUUUAAAUUUUGCUUGAGAAUGGGGAACAUGAGAUGUACCCUGUAAUCUCUCUGGGCUGGAUCUGCGCACCCCCAUGACUACCCAAGGUGAAGACUGCACUCAAAACCGAAGUCAAUCCAGAUUGUCCCGGUGUGAAUACAACAGAACACUUUCACGAAAGUCGACUCACUGCCUGUAAGACAACAAACUGGAUACCCUCAGUAAAAUGGCAUCCACAUUCAGAGAGUAACUGAUGAUCUGUGGCCCAAUAUAGUUGUGUUCAGUCCGGCUUUGCAUUGAAAUUAACAGUAAAUCACACACUGCCACACUGCUAAGUGCCAUAUAUGUAUUACAGCACAAAAAUCAAAUUCCAGGCUUGGUUUCCUGGUUUUACAGUUUUAAGAUUCUUGCCGUAAGCCUCACACCCUGAUCAAUACUUUUUUUUUUGUGAAGGGGAUUUUAAAUUCUGAAACCACAUACAUGGUUCAGAUGUUAAUCCAAGACAUAAGAACAGGAGAAAUUUCUUAGACACAGCACUGGAUUUAAUUUUAGACACGAUGAUGAAUCGACACACUGUGGAUAAUUCAAUGCAAUACUUGACUGUAUACAAGUAUAUAAAAUAUUCCAAAAUUGCAGUUCUGCUGACAGGUUGAUUUGGAGGAUUAGCGUGUUAGCACUGAGGUAAACCGGUUCACAGAAUGAAUGUGGGAUGCUGAGCAGUCAUUGGAGUGUGGAUCUGGAUCCAUUCCAGUUCUGGUUCAAUUCACUUUGCUUUAGAUGAAACACAGGUGCCUGUUAAAGCUAGUAGCCUCCUCUGCUUUAAGCGAGGACAUAACCUGCUACAAAAAAACAAGAAAUAUAAAAACAGCAACAAAAAAACAAUAAAACACCUUUAAAAAGCAAAAUAAAAAAAUGAUAAAAAAAAGACAAUCCCUAAAAACUGAUCCCUCGUAGAAAAUGAAUGAACUAUUACGAUGCUGCUUCUAACAAUUAGCUGAUGCAUUUUUUUAGCAUGUGAAAAUAUUUUAUAUACAUAAUGCUCAACACGGGAAAUACUGCUUAUUUAUUUUUCAGUAUUCUUUGCUUUCCACCCCCCCCUUUGUGUCACCAAUUUGAACUUCAAGGUGGUUCAAACUCCAUGCAUGCAAGGUCAGCUGAAAAUCUGGGCGAUGGAGAACAUGGCAGGGCCAGAGUUUCCAUGGGUCAGAAAUUUUCUGCUAAGCACCACUGCCAAAGCCCACUUUGGUGUCCACCACAGAGCCCCACCUCACCUUCCUCUGCGUCCUUGGCCCUUGCUAAUGAGCGACUAAAAUAAGCCCUGAGAUCCAUAUACUGCUUAUGUGAUACUCCAGAAUAGAAGUUCAUCUUGUCAUCUUGCUCAUGGUAAAGUGUUGAAAGGCCUCUGGUAAGUCAGGCGAAUUCUCUUACAAAGUUAGAAAGUACAUGCCUGGUCAUACUCCAGAUGCCAUAGAAGUUUUGUUUAUGAAGAAGGAAGGUUGAAAAUAAUGGCAGGGAAUUCAUUCGACAGUAACUUUCGAAUGCACAAACUUGUAUCACAGAUGUACGAGGACAAGUUCACUGGAACUCAGUGUAACUAGGUUCUGCACAGUGUAACCCAGGUAACAUCAUUAAAGUAUCCAUACAUCCACCCAUCCUCCAACCACUUGCCUUCAAUAGGUUCUCAGGUGGGUGUAGGGUCUGGAACUUACUCUAAGCAACACAGGCCACAAGGUAAACACCAUAAAUGAGACAUAAUACGGUAAUAUUUUUAGGUGACACACUCCAGAGAUAAAUAGAAUCAUUUCAUCUAGUCUUUUAGUUCAGUGCCAAGGUCUGUAGAAGUGUAGCAUUAUUCUGCUGCAGAAUCCAAAGUGCAUAGGUCAACCAAAGGUCACCAGCAGAGGGCACUGUGAGGUGUUGCUAAAGUGCAAUGGUGGGCACUAGAGUCCGGCCCAAGUGCAACAAUGAUACAUUUGAGAAACAAAUGUAAUCAGUUAUAUUGCCAAACAGUGAUAAAUAUCAGUAUUAUUAUAGUAUAUUCAGAAAUCCUUUACCCUAAAGCUUUCCCAUGUAUAUUUUAAUUCUAAAGAAAAUAUAUCAACGAAUGAUGCAUCAGUACCUCUUUAAUCUAAUGUUGCCAUUUAACGUUGCUAAUAUACCUCUUCACAUUGCUUUUGUGCAUUAACUGCAGAACAACUGUCACUGAAUGUUACUUUGAAUCAUUCAGCUGCUGGAAUUGUACAUGCAUAUGCCUGCUCCCACCACGGCAGGGUGGGGGGGUGGCGGGGAAAGCAUUUUCUGGCACUUUAACAAUGGAGGUUCACCAGUGUUUGAGCGUGCGGUAUAUCGUUUUAAAAGAAUGAUACAGAUGCAAUGCAUCGUGGGGCAGGAAUGGAAGAUGUGCAGUGAUUAGCCAUAUUUUGAAAGAAUAUGAAGAUGAAUAUUGCCACCUUCCACCUUGACGAGCACAUGCCAGCAAGUGUUUUUAAGAAAAAAAAAAGACACUUAAUUUUCCUGCAGCAAUUGGGGAGCCGCUACAGCCUGAGGGGUGAGUAGGGUCAUACUUCCUGGGCAGAGUGGGAAGGUACAUUUGAGGAAGCCGUCUGGGGCCAUGCUGAGCCCUGGGGAGUCAAAGCGGCAUAGUUCAUGACUCAGUCACCUUCAGGCUGAACGUUUGCUUCUCCACUUCCCACAGGACCUGCAUUGACUCAAUUAACACUUUAUCACACUGUGCUUGUUUUUGGAAUUUAGUUUUCAUUCUUAGAUAAUAAUAAUAUCGCUAGCAAUAAUAAACGUAAUCGUGCUUAUUUUAAGAAAUCAGGCAAUGCAAUAGGCAGCAUUAAUGAUGCAUGUGCCCAGUACAUCCCUGACAGCCAUCAAUCCUUGAUCUUGACAUGGAAUUAAAGCCUGGAGUUGCUUUGUCUAUCGAAUGCACUAUUUUUUUUAGCUGUUCCUAUUGGUCAGGGCAUGCUAACUUUUCGCUCUCAUUCUUUUGUAAGAAAAUGGCACUAAGAAAUGUGCCAUUUUUAAUUUCCUGUCAGCUGCCGGCCUCUGCCUAGGAGGAGGCCUGUGGCGACAUGAAUACCGUGUUUGUGAUGGAUCACCGACGCAUGUACACACAGAAAAACACACAGGAUGAACAACCAGCAAGGCCAGAAGCUUUUUGUCAAAGGAAUGCUUGCCUAAGUUGCUAGCAGAGAAUUAGAUGUGCAAAAAAGGUUCAUCACUCACUGUGACUGACGAGUCGAUACGUUUGUGAUAUAUGGUGUAAGUUCUCUAAGCUCCUAUAUAUUGUUAAGCUCACUGACAGCCUGAUCCAAGCAUAAUUGCAGACUGACAGGUGGGGGGGGGGAAACAAUCUCUAUCUCCUGUUGUGUUUUUCUGUUUAAUCAUCCUGUUUGGUUUUUCUCCGGGAGAGUCACUGAGACCUUUAGCACAAGCAAAGGCUAAAACCUGACUUAUUUCUUCCAGAAAUGUUCCCAUCUCGGAUUACUGUGUCAAGUGUAGUUAAAGAAUUCUCAGUCUCUGGGCUCGACUGCUUAGGUCUGGCUGUAACAGGGCUGGGAGGACCGUGUCAUAGUGUCGUAAAAGGCUCAUUGCAUGCCUCCUCCCCUCCCUCCCCCCAAACCUGCACCACAGUGAAAUACAUACGGCUCUCACCUAACCAGGAUUCCACGAUGGCAGCUGGGCCUCUACAAAGGCAUGUGCUCAGGCAGCAUGAAACUUAAUAAUAAACUUAAUAAUCUAUAUUAAAAAGCUGGGCUUCAACACAUCUUAAGCAGGGGACCAAUGGGGUCUAAAUUUCCAGGCCUGUUUUUCCACAUAAAAAAUAUGACUAGUAAAUACUAAAAUUUAUGUUGUUCUCUUUGGAAAACAAUGGAUAUUUUUUCAAUUUCAGACACGUGAUCUAAGAGAAAAAAAAAGUGAUUCAAAAGUACAAAUCCUGAUAAUACUGCAGUUUUUACCUGAAUUUUAAAUGACUGCCCAUGGCUCACUGCCUGAGCGGCUCCUGCUCUCACUGCCACGCCAUGAGUUUGUGAAGUCUGCUCUCUGCUCGACACAUUCCAGCGCAGAGAUGGCCGUCGGGUCUCCUCGCAGGCUGCCCCUCGUUCACCCAGCUGUUCCUCCUGCACCCCAAUGGUGGACAAACCGUAGCCCAUCUACAAUCCAGUUGCGAUCUGACCCUUGUGGUCGACGCCGCGAGAGAGGCUAAAGUUUCCCGCUGACGGCCAACCCGCACCGGCUUUCGUAGGAGCUUUCGGGACGGUCUGACGGCACGCCACACAAUGGCGCCAAUAUGGCGGACAGGAUGGGAGAGUCCGUAAGCGAGAUCCACACACACACGUGCAGCCACGAGGCAGGAACAUCUACAUAGAUGGCUUCACUUUGACCUCUACUGCACAUCCACAUUUCAUUAGAGGUUGAGCCGUUUUCAUCAGACGUUCACCCCCUCCCCCCCAUUUUGAAAUGCUACUGUACUUUGUGGGUCAAAAAAAAUGGGGAAAGCUAGCUUUGGCUCUGUGCAGCCCUUGACAGAGACCCCACCCCCCCCCUUACCCCAGGCUCUGCUAUAAUUCUCUGUGGGACACUUUGUCGCCCCACUCAGUUCCUCUGUCCUCACAGCUUGUUUCAGAACAAAAAUAAAAAAGCGAAUGUGCAACCGA